AUGGUCAGCUCCUGUUGUGGCUCCACCUGUGGUGGCCUAAGCUGUGGCUCUGGCUGCUGCCGACCCAGCUGCUGUGUGUCCAGCUGUUGUCAGCCCUGCUGCCGCCCCAGCUGCUGCAUUUCCAGCUGCUGCCAGCCCUGCUGCCGCCCCAGCUGCUGUGUGUCCAGCUGCUGCCAGCCCUGCUGCCGCCCCAGCUGCUGUGUGUCCAGCUGCUGCCAGCCCUGCUGCCGCCCCACCUGCUGUCAGACCACCUGCUGCAGAACCACUUGCUGCCGCCCCAGCUGCUGUAUUUCUAGUUGCUGCCAGCCCUGCUGCCGCCCAAGCUGCUGUGUGUCCAGCUGCUGCCAGCCCUGCUGCCGCCCCAGCUGCUGUGGGUCCAGCUGCUGCCAGCCCUGCUGCCGCCCCAGCUGCUGUGUGUCCAGCUGCUGCCAGCCCUGCUGCCGCCCCACCUGCUGUCAGACCACCUGCUGCAGAACCACUUGCUGCCGCCCCAGCUGCUGUAUUUCUAGUUGCUGCCAGCCCUGCUGCCGCCCCAGCUGCUGUGUGUCCAGCUGCUGCCAGCCCUGCUGCCGCCCCAGCUGCUGCCAGCCUUGCUGCCGCCCCACCUGCUGCCAGACCACCUGCUGCAGAACCACCUGUUGCCGCCCAACCUGCUACUCUGAACCCACCAACACCAUGGUCAGCUCCUGUUGUGGCUCCACCUGUGGUGGCCUAAGUUGUGGCUCUGGUUGUUGUGCCCCCAGCUGCUGCCAACCCUGCUGCCGCCCCACCUGCUGCCAGACUACCUGCUGCAGAACCACCUGCUGCCGCCCAAGCUGUUGUGUGUCCAGCUGCUGCCAGCCCUGCUGCCGCCCCAGCUGCUGCAUUUCUAGCUGCUGCCAGCCAUGCUGUCGCCCCAGCUGCUGCAUUUCUAGCUGCUGCCAGCCCUGCUGUCGUCCCAGCUGCUGUGGGUCCAGCUGUUGCCAGCCUUGCUGCCGCCCCAGCUGCUGUAUUUCUAGUUGCUGCCAGCCAUGCUGUCGCCCCAGCUGCUGUAUUUCUAGUUGCUGCCAGCCAUGCUGUCGCCCCAGCUGCUGUAUUUCUAGUUGCUGCCAGCCAUGCUGUCGCCCCAGCUGCUGUGGGUCCAGCUGUUGCCAGCCUUGCUGCCGCCCCACCUGCUGCCAGCCUUGCUGCCGCCCCAGCUGCUGUAUUUCUAGUUGCUGCCAGCCAUGCUGUCGCCCCAGCUGCUGUGGGUCCAGCUGUUGCCAGCCUUGCUGCCGCCCCACCUGCUGCCAGACCACCUGCUGCAGAACCACCUGUUGCCGCCCAACCUGCUGUGGCUCCUCCUGCUGAUCAGCUCUCACACGCCUCUGCAAAGGCCCAACAUCCCCACCCCAUCUCAACCUGGUACCAGAGCUUUUCUUCCUGUCAUUCAGUACAAAAAGGUCUCACUCAUGGCAAACAAAAACUAAUCCAUGUGAGUCCCAUUGGAAAUUGACAAUCAGCAACUCAUCCAAUGUUCUUCUCUCUAUUGCCUUCAUCCUCUUAUGUGCACAAGAAAUUUAUACUUAAGUCCAUCAACUAAAACCUGUUCUCCAAAACCCCCAGAAUCUUCCUUCCUGACCUUUAUGCCCCAAGUUCUGCUCUUUGAGAAGAAGAACAUCAUGGGCCAUGUUUUUAGCUCACACCAAGAUUUGAAUACUGAGAUUCCAAAGCUCUUUCCUCCUCAAAUUCUCUGUCCUAGUGAUUUGCCUUUGUCUUGGUGUUUCUCGAUUUUCAAAUAAA